CUAUCAUUUAGCUCGGAAAUUGACUGUCUUUUUUUCCCGAUAGAUGGGUCUUGCCUGCUCCGUCCAUUCAACAAUGACGCAUAAACCCCACAAUGGGGCAACAUUUUAGCAUUCCCCUGGGACUACGUUAGUUAGAAUGCGGCCGGCUGUUUCAGGGGUCCAGCUGCCUCCCUUGCCGUGAGUUUAGGUACUGUACAUAUAGCUAUCCGCCAAUCUAAUCCAGCUAUUCCAGCCAAUUCAGCUACCUACUUUUCCAAGGUAACAUCCGAGAUCACCGUCACAUGCCAACUUUCCAACUUCUAUAUUCAUACCUUACCAUACGAUAGUCUUCCGGAACUUUGCCAGACUACCGACGACCGAUCACUAUGUCCUCGGUCUUGCGGUCCAUCACAUAAUGCAUAUAAAAACACCACGGAAUCGAGGGACAGUAGUGCAGCCAUGUCGGCGCGACCGCUUGUAUCCUCGAGUGAACCUAGGGUUCACCGAGACGACGAAUCCGCAUUGAUGAGAGCAUCGUCGCAAAGGAAUUUGGCCCCAGGCCAACUGGACAGCUCAUUAUCUUCUCUCGACUCUCGCCAAACCACUCCUGCUCCCACCCCUUUGCCCUCAGCAUCUCGUCGCCGUGUUAUUAUUCCAGACCCUGUAGCUUUUAGAUACUUAGAAGAAGACCCCUGCGUUACUGUCGUCGAGCGAAGGCAGGAACUCAAGGGUUACGAGCUAUACCUUGUCGAGCAAUGGGCUUGUUCCCGUCAGUCACCAACGCUUGUCAUCGUUACAUAUACCGGAGAUGAAAAGCAUUCGGUUGUGGUCGGGGUGUUGAGUGUCCCGGCCGACGAGAAGGCUUGGUCGUCAAGGUUGCGCCUCUACUUCAAGGCCAUCCAACAAUACCAUGCGCGGCCCAAGGAUACGAACCUAGGAGAGUUGAUGGUCACGAACCUAAGCAGUUUUCCUUCUGCUUUGACCGUUAUAUCUGUUCCCGACGGAGACAUAAAGACACAUCGAAAGGAAUUUAUCGUCAACGAAGACCUUAAAAGAUUGGGCUGUUCCGGUCGGUCUGGCAUGACCUUAUCCGAACCUACCGGAGCAGCUAAGACCAAGUUCUAUCAGUUGUAUAAGACCACUGACAAAAUACCAUUCCCUGAUGCUGUAGUCGAACUAGUCAAGAUGUGUCAAGUGGCAUUAUUGUUAUUUGGAAAGCUAGACCAAGUUUAUAUCGACGGAUUACUAUGCGAUAUUACCGAAACUGCUAUCGGGAAUUGGUGGACCGAAUUUGGAGCGGAAUACUACAAUAUAGAGCCGGCUGAUGGUAUCCUGGGGCCCACAACCGUCGCUGCGCUGCUUGGAUUAUUGGUGGGUGCGCGUAACAGACUAAGCUACUUUGGAGCUCCCGUCCCAAAGGACGUCUUCGACAUAGACUCGAUGGAGAAAGGUAUUUCUCAUUUUCAGAAAUAUCAGAAGCUGGAGAGAAGUCGCCGACUGGAUCGACAAACUAUGCAUAAGCUUCACUCGGCGACGGCAAAAGCGGCCGCAGGCGAGGGCUGGGGUGUGCAGAAGGCAGUUAAGUCGACAAUGACCGAAAUAGGAGGGAAGCGAGGCGAGAUCGUUCUUGGUAUGGUCGGCGGUCGAGAUAAAGGAGGUAUCGGGGACAUUGAGGGCCUAGACCUUGACAGGUUUAUCAGCCUAGCCUCUGGAGAACGUGCGAAAUGGUUAUGGCACGGCAAGCCUAAGCGUUCGAAUCCGGAUAACCACGAAAGACCGAUACCUGACAUGAGCAAUAUCCUAUUUGGCAAAGAUGAUCUUUCUGGCCAGGCGAAAAGGGUACAUUCGGCGCCUCUGGAGGAUGAAGAAGCUCGUCGCCGAGACGAAAUUCCAGGUGUUUAUUCCACUACCCCUGCGUCUGGUUCUGCGGUUAGUAUAGUAGACAGCCCUGGGGAGAAGGACGCACUUCGGCGUGGGUUCAAGAGUGUCGCUCGGGAUGCCCGUUCGGGUCUUGGACGGAUAAAGGAUGCCGUCUAUAGUGGCGGUGGCUUACGAAGCCACAAUAGCCGGCCGUCAAAAGACGAGUCCUCGGAAACCACCAUCUCCGGGCCACGAUCCUCCAUAUUGACGGACUCUUCGGCAGGGAUAUUAGCAAGUGCAAGUCCAGGUCCAGGCCAAGUCGGUAGAGCGUUUACCUGGAAGAAUAAACCGGAGGAGUAUCUGAAUGGCGUCAAGAAAGAAAGGGAAGUUGAAUCCGCACCAGCAUCAGUGGCCCUCCUAGGAACUGAGGAUACAUUACCUAAAGAACCCCGAUCAAGCCUUCAUGUGAAUGGCGAGGCCCAGAAACCGAUGAACGGCGACGUUAAGCGAGUAUUGCAUGCUAUGGAUAUACGGAAUGGAGUUACUGCGGCUGUCGAAUCCUCGGUAGCCGGCUCUGUUGUCGCUGAGGGUGACUUGCAAGGGCCAUUAAUGGAGGCGGAACAAAAGUUCAGCGACGGUUUGUCUAGGCUGUACAGACGGCAUAGCAUCGGUGUCUCACGGCCUCCAGACCGCCGCGCCCCGAAUGAAGCCCGAUGGGCUCGGAGACUAUCCUUUGGGGAUGCUGAAGAAGCCGUUCUACGGUGGGAGGAAAUAGCCGACCUUGAAUUGGACGAAGAAGUGGAUAAUAUGACAGCAUCGGAGAAACACGCAUACCUCACAGAACUCGCUAGGAGUCUAUAUGUGGAUAUUCUUGAUGUUAAACAGAGUGUUGAGCCUUGGGUCGAUGCGAAGAUUAGGGAGGUUGAGGACAUCGAUGACCAUUAUGCGCAGCAGCAAGAUGAGUUGCAGGAAAUCUACGAGAAGCGAACCGAUGCAUACCGGCGUGCUAAGGACAACUCGCAGGAGGCGGUGGCGGAGCAGCGAGCACGCAUCACAGAAGCACUUGGGGAGGUGGGAGUGCAGGCGGCUAAGCUGGAGUAUGAGAUUAAUGCUCUCGUCUCCCGUGUCCAGGAUGUUGAAGACGGUGUAGCGCAGUUCGAGAUACAAGUGAACGACGUGGAGCGGAGAGCUGACGAGCUGAAGAUGCAGCUUGAGACGGAGAGCUGGUUACAUUGGGCUGUGCGGACGCUGACGGGCAUUGGGACGGGUCCGAAUAUUACGAGACCACGACCGGAACCAAAACCCGAGUCAAGGUCAAAGUCAAAAACACAGCAGAAGAGAUGAUCAUCGGUUUCUCUUCUUUUCUUUAGUCCUUCUAACUGUUACAUAUUUUCUCGGAGAUUGUUAUUUCUUUUUUGAUUAAAUCUAUUAUGGUUUAGGAAAAAAGGGGCAAGGGCAAGCAUAGCAUUUGGCAAAGCGAGCAUUCGGAGUCUGGCGAGUUGAUCAUCCUCACUUACGAAAUACAUGUAUUUCUAGAUACCCGGCCGGUGCAAUAGAUUAUAUAUUCGUUUCAUCAUUGGCAUAAUAAUUAUUCUAUUUUGUGUUAAAA